AUGGUACUUCCCGAUUUAUGUGGCGCAUACCACCGCCCCCCCAACCCUCAACACCCUCAUGGCAAGCACUAUGCCAAUUAUUCAGUGACAGAAAAAUCGGUAUCUCACGGAAUCCAACCAAAACCGCCGCAGGUCCGGGCGGGGCCGAAAACGGCCGUGCUGCCAGAGAGCUACAACGUCGAGAAGGUCAUCUCGUGGCGGCAGAGAGCUGGGGGGAUCGAGCUUCUGAUCGCCUGGGAAGGCGACGAUGUCGAUGGUUGGACGUGGGAUCCCCUCGACAACAUCCCCGAGCGGUUUGUUCGGGCCUUUCAUGCGCAACGCCAACGUCUCCCGCCAUCCUUUUUCUACGUCGUGACCAUGAUGCGCGACCGGAUCGGCUUCAAGCUGCUCGAGAGGACCGGCCCGAUGUUUGGGGUUGCUGUCCUGGCGCACGAGCUGGUUGUGCACGCGAAGAAGACGCUCAAGCAGCCGUGGGCGGCGGAGCCUGUCUGGCACCGCCUGCGCGCUAGCGGCUGGUGCGACCAGCUAGUGCCGCUUUAG